AUGUCAAAAUUCGAAUCGGAAGAGAAAAUGUUUAAAGGUAAUGUAACGAUAAAGAGGGAGAUAAGUAUUGAUGGUAAUUUUGAAAAUGACUCUACGCUUGAUAUACAAGACGAUAACGUUUUCGUCAAUAACGGCGAAGGCCCUGAUUUCAGAGGUGUUUCUUGCUUAGGAGGGGCAGUUUUGAUCGCAAAAAUUCAAUUCGGUUUAGGCGUCCUUGGCUUACCUCAAACUUUCCAAGUUUUGGGAAUUGUUCCUGGCCUAAUAAGUCUUAUUGGAUUAUGUAUCCUCAGCACAUGGGCGGGGCUAGUUAUCGGGAAGUUCCGUCUCUCUCAUCCACAAGUUCACAAUGUUGGCGACGCUGUUUAUCUUAUGUUCGGUAAGUAUAUUGGGGAUUUGUUUGGAUUUGGAUUUUGGCUCCAAUAUACCCUAUUGUACGGUGCGGCUGUACUCACUCUUUCUAUUGCCUUCAAUACAUUUAGUGACCAUGCCAUUUGUACUACUGCUUGGGUUGGUAUUAGCGCUUCCAUGGCUCUUAUUGCGGGGCUUCUCAUGCGUACUAUGAAAGUUUUAUCAUGGUGCGGUUAUGUAGCUGUAAUAUCAGUUUUCUUAGGAGUUUGGGUUGUUGCGAUUGCCUGCUUAACCCAAGAUACACCAGCUGCAGCACCAAAAUCUUCAGAACCUGUCAAUACAAUAAUCGAAGCAGUUGCUACUGGUUCUUCUUAUUCAGCUAUUUCAAGUGCUAUUGCUACUCAAGUAUUAAGUCUUUGUGGUACGCCCUCAUUUUUUGUGAUUCAUGCUGAAAUGAAAGAUCAAACUAAAUAUGUUAAAUCACUUCUCAUGGGUCAAGGAUUUGUUGCAUUUAAUUAUAUUGUAAUUAGUUGCAUUGUUUAUGGAAAAGUUGGACAAUAUGUUGCAUCGCCAUCUCUUGGAUCUGCUGGUAUGUUGAUUCAGAAAGUUGCGUACGGAGUUUCAUUUCCAGCACUUUUCUUUGCAUGUUUCUUCCAAGCUCACCUUUCUGCAAAAUAUGCACUUGUUCGUAUUUUAAAAGGUUCUCGACAUUUACAAAGUAAUUCUAAAACCCAUUGGGCAACAUGGAUUAGUAUGAUGUCUUUGGUUAUUAUUAUCGGAUUUGUAGUAGCUGGUGCUAUUCCAUUUUUCGAUGAUUUAUUAGGAUUAAUUGGUGCACUUCUUGGCACAAGCUUUACACUUAUAAUCCCUGCAUUCAUGGCCCUAUAUCAAUUAGGUAUAGGGUCCGAAGAGACUACUACAUAUAAUGGCUUAAAAUGGAUGAAUCGAUCUCAGAAGAUGUGGGGAAGCAGUAGAAAAAACACUUUCACUGCUAUAUUGGCGUUUGUCGCAAUUAUAUGCGGCAUUUAUAUCACCAUCUCAGGGGUGUAUGGGUCCAUCGCAAAUAUUGCUCAAGGUUAUGCAGAUGGUCUUGUCGCAAAUGCAUUCUCCUGUGCAGACAACAGUCGCUAA